GUGUUGAGGAAAAUGUAAAUAGCCGUUCGUUGAUACAUGUGUUAAAUACAUGAAACAUGGCGUACUUAAAAACUAUCAACGUGCAUUUUAGAAGUUCCAAGCAUUUCAUCACUCUUUCACUCGCGGUCUGUAUUUACGCGUUGUUGAACGGACUUCCAAGCGCAGGAAGAGACCACACCGCAAUAACCGGGCCAGUUCCCAACGAAACCGUAGGCAUGGUGUGUUCACCGGAAAUGUACGGGAAUGACACAGCCGCGUUUUGGGCGUGCCGCACACAGUUUGCGCAUCAAGCCAACUGGUGGCCUUCACCGAUAGCCGGUCUCUUCAGUUAUCAAGUUUGGAAUGGCUAUGACGGCUUUUGGCAGGACGGCGCUGUCUUGGAAACGUUCACUAAUUUCAUCAAGUACACUGGAGGCACCCACAAACGUUACGUCAAUGUGAUCAAAGGCAGCGAACGUGACCUCUACAGCCUUCUAGAAGCGUACGGCCCUUACCCCUCGUUUGACGAUAUGGGAUGGUAUGGGUUGUCCUAUACAAAGAUUCAUGAAGUGUUCGGUGACCAAAUAUUUCUUAGUAAUGCUGUGGAGAUUUAUAACUGGAUCUGGUCGAUGGGCUGGGACAAGAGCGGAACAUGUGAUGGGGGGUUCUGGUUUGAUACAACCAUGGUCUCCAAGCAGACCAUCACAAAUGCUCAAAUGCUGCAGCUGUCUGCGAGAUUGUUUAAAAUCACCAAUGACACCAAGUAUGAAAAGAAUAUGAACCAGCUGUUUAACUAUAUUAUGCACAAUGGUCUGAUUAAUACGACAACUUACCUCGUUAGUGACGGCGCGACAUUUAACUGUACGGCAGCGGAUCUAUACGGACCUACUUACAACUCUGGUGUUAUGAUUGGUGCCCUCACUGAAAUGUACAUGGUUACAAAUAAAACUCAAUUGCUGGAUUUAGCUUUUAAAGUUGCAAUAGCAAUCUUUGAACACCGCUGUAAUGAAAACGGCAUUCUUGUUGAAUAUUGCCAUCCAGAUUGCGAUGAAGACGCCUUAAUGUAUAAAGGGUUGUUCGCGAGAAAUCUACGCUACUUUAUUGACGUGUUGGACGAUCCAAUAAAAAAAGAGUAUCUCGUGACUUGGCUAAAUUUACAAAUCGAAUCCAAUAUUAAAUACAACCUCUGUGAUGUCGAACAUUUCUCUAAGUGCAAUGUAACGUUUAAGGAUGGGCCUCCCUUCUAUAACACAUCAGGCCCCGUUUUCUCCCCUGACUGGCGCGGCCCCUUUACCUAUGGCUCCCCGAUCCCUCAGACGUCCGUUCUUGACCUCUUGGUGGCGGCGAUCCGGCCAGGCACCCGGUGUGAGGGGAAGUACUGCAGCUAUGACCCCUACUUCCCACCACCGACGUCUCUGACUUGUCAAGACCAGCCCUGCCCCGAGGACGAGGAUUGUUGCGAGUACAGUCCCUACAGUUCAUACACGUGCUGUUACACCAACCAACAUUGCAACCAGACUACGGGAAUCUGCGAUGAUAACAACACCAUGUACUAUGUUCCAUAGGCAAUGAUACGGUUUAAAGAUGUCACAAAGUUUAUACUUCAAUUAGAAUCAUGUUGACCAGUAAACCAAGUUCGGUUGAUUUGACAUAAUUCAGAGGCAUUUCAAUGGAAAUUUGCAUUAAAAUAGAGGUAAAAAAAAGACUUAAAGUGAUAAUGGCUUGCCCUUGUUUGAAGUUUCUUGAUUGGUGCGUUUUCAUAAUUCAUCCUAAUAUGCAUAUUAAAUAA